UGUUCGUCCUCUCUCCACGCAGCAUGGCACCGAAGAAAGUGGAACCCAAGAAGACGGAGGUGAAGAAGGUGGAGGCAAAGAAGGAAGAGCCUCCUCCACCCCCCAAACCUGCGGAGCCUGAAUCCAAGCCACCCGAGGUGGACCUGAGUAGCAUCGUGGUGGAGUUCACCCCCGACCAGAUCGAAGAGUUCCGAGACGCCUUCACGCUGUUCGACGAGACGCCCGCCGGCGAGAUGAAGAUCACUUUCGCCCAGUGCGGAGACGUCAUGCGAGCGCUCGGCCACAACCCCACCAACGGGGAGGUGCUGAAGCUGCUGGGGAGGCCAAAGGCGGAGGAGAUGAACGUCAAGCUGCUGGACUUUGACACCUUCCUGCCAAUGCUCCAGCACGUGGCGCGCUCCAAAGAGCAGGGCACCUUCGAGGACUUCGUGGAGGGUCUGAGAGUGUUCGACAAGGAGGGCAACGGCACGGUGAUGGGGGCCGAGCUCCGUCACGUCCUGGCCACGCUGGGAGAGAAGAUGACGGAGAAUGAGGUCGACCAGCUGAUGGUGGGACAGGAGGACGCCAACGGUCUCAUCAACUACACCGAGUUUGUCAAACACAUCCUGGCUGGGUAGAACCCACCGCCGGGUUCUUGUGACGGACUGAGGUCUUGUAGAUUAUUAUAUGCUAAAAAUUAUUGGUAUGAU